AUGCGAAUCGGUAUUCGAGAACAACUGGCAGCAGUCGUGCUAAUAACCGCCCUUGUGCCUUUAGCCGUUCUGGCCAUUGCUACCUGGGUGAACAAUCGAGACUUUGUCACCAACAUCACAUCCAAUUCGCUCGCGCUCAUCGCCAGCUUGAAGGCCGCCCAGAUUGCCUCAGAUCUCCUUUUGAUUCAGUCAACAUGUGCCACCAUCGUGACCCGGAUUCUCUUGCAGGAUGCCAUCAAAUCUUUUUACAAAGGGAACAGCACGGCGGAAAACUGGACCGAGGCUCACAGCGACGUUUCCGGCGCGAUGGCAAGUGAGGGACUGUCCACCCUCUUACAAGUGAUUGUCUUCCCGCGAAAUGAUACUGGGAAUGUAUAUGGGUUAUUGAACGCAACCGCAAACACCACUGGGAUCCCGCUUCCCUACACGAAUCCCAAUGGAUCCCAGGUUAUGCUUGGAGAGGAUGGCCUGGGCUACCCACCUGCUCUUUACCCCAAUAUCACAUAUAACACCACCUCAACUCCAGAUCCGGCAGACCCAUCAAUCAACGCAACUCGUGCAUACGCUUUUAACGAUACCCCUCUCAACGGUUCAUCGCCGCUCUUAUUGGGCCCAUUGCAAAUUAACGACACAUAUGCACUCAUUUCCCUAACAUUGCCCAUAAUCGACAACUUGAAUUCCAGCAUCGUGUUGGGUUUUAUGACGGUAGUUGCAGCCGCAUCAUCUUUGAUGGACGUAGUCACGUCUCGAGAAGGGCUGGCCAAGACUGGAAUCGUUCUAGUCGUUGGACCGAAUCGACCCCAAAAUCAUUUCGACUACACGGAUAGACCUGCGACUGCGAAUUACCUACCUCCUAGUGAUUUAGACUCAGCAUCUGUUAGAUUUGUCUUCCCCCCCGUCCCUCGUCCAGGGCAGGCAGACAGGCAUUCCGCCUACAACGCCAAUUUAACGAAAUACAACAGCUCGGCUUUUACAGAGGCUGAAUAUCCCGCUGUAGUGGCUGGAUUCCGUCGCCAGAUUAAACACGGUAAUAACGCCAGCAGUAUGUUAGAAACCCACAACGAGAAUAAUGCUAGCGUUGCUGUUGGCUACGCAAGACCUCGAAGUGCUUUGGUUGACUGGCUUCUCAUCGUCGAGCAAGGCCACUCCGAAGCGUGGGCUCCUAUGAACCAACUACGGAAGAUCGUUCUUGCUUGCGUUUUUGGCGCAAUCGGGUUGGUACUCAUCUUCAUUGUACCGAUGGUCCAUUACAGUGUCCGGCCAAUACGCAGAUUGCGUGAGGCAACCAAGAAAUCCAUUUCUCCCCCUGGAUACACUCCUAAUGGGAGCAUCCGCUCGUAUCGAAUGGAUGAUCCACCUGAUGCUUCCGGGGAUGAGGCCCCUGAUUUGGAAAAUGCUCUUGCUGCAAGCCAAAAUAAGGGCAUUUUCGUUCGACUAAAAAACCUGACAUCUGGUAAUAGACGAAAGUCGAAGAUGGAAAGGGACGAAGAACGCCGUAGGAAAGGAUUUAGAAUUCCUGGCAAGGUACAGGAUCAUAGACACUUGAUCAAAGAUGAGCUUAGUGAUUUGACAGCCACCUUCAAUGAAAUGGCCGAUGAGCUGCUUCUCCAAUACACGAGUCUCGAAUCCAAAGUCGCUGAACGAACUCGAGAGCUUGAAAUCAGCAAGAAGGCCGCCGAAGCAGCAAACGAGAGCAAAACUCUGUUCAUUGCAAACAUUUCUCAUGAGCUGAAGACACCUCUAAAUGGUAUUUUGGGCAUGUGUGCAGUUUGCAUGGGCGAGGAUGACCUUCCUAAGAUAAAACGUUCAUUACAGGUCGUCUACAAAUCCGGAGAUUUGCUAUUGCAUCUUCUCAAUGAUCUUCUAACUUUCAGCAAAAACCAGAUUGGGCAGCAGCUGAGCUUAGAGGAAAAGGAGUUUCGAUUAAUCGACAUCAAGACACAGAUCCUCACAAUAUUCACCAAGCAGGUACAAGAAGGGCGCAUCAAUUUUGAGGUUAAGUUCGUUGGCACAGAUGCGGACCCUACUUCUGAGGCCACAACUGAGAAACCUUUACCUGCUCUUGGUCCAAAUGGAAUUGGAAGACUCAAGGACUUGAGUCUCUGGGGGGACCAACAUAGGAUCAUCCAAGUAAUCAUCAACCUCGUCAGCAAUUCGUUGAAGUUUACACCAGAAGGCGGAACAGUCUCGGUAAAAAUAAGCUGUUUGGGUGAUGCUGAAGUUCCACCGGAAGGGGCCCGAAAUUCCAUGGCAUCUAAGCGAAGCUCGCAGCGUACGUCGAGAUAUCAACUUCACGAAGGCUCAGGAUCGAAUACUCCUCAGGUCUCAAGAAAAGCCUCUAUCUCGGGCUCCGGUCCCAAGAAUUCAAAAGGUACAGCUCUUACUAUAAACCCAAUGGAUCCAAGCGCAACUCCUAGAGUUCAGUUCCGCGAACGGUCCCCUACCCCACCUCCGCCCAACGCAAGGACAUUGAUGUUCCAAUUCGAAGUUUCAGAUACUGGUCCUGGCAUCCCCGCUCAUUUGCAAGAACAGGUCUUCGAACCUUUUGUUCAGGGGGAUCUUGGUCUCUCGAAAAAAUAUGGUGGUACCGGACUAGGCCUGUCUAUAUGUUCUCAACUCGCUAGUCUUAUGGGUGGUGAUAUAAGCCUUGCGAGUACUGAGGGCGUUGGAAGUACAUUCACGAUGCGCAUCCCUUUAAAGCAUGUGCGAUCACGCCCCCCAAGCACAAGCAGCUCUGACAUUUAUGUCGGCUCGCGGUGCGGUAGCAUUUCAUCUACUGCGCCUCAAGAUGAACAACCACGAAGAACAUCGGGGGAUGGAAAUCCUACUGCAGGUGUAGUUGCGGCCAAUAGUAAUAAGGGAUAUGAGAAUGGUCCUCAGACUCGGUUGGUUGGGCUCAGCCAGCCAUUCUUUGCGUCAAACCGAAGCCCAACUCCCACAACCAUGAAAGACUCAGGUGGACAACUUGCCGCUCUCGAUAGCGUCCAUAAAGAGUCUGGCACAAAACUUCGGGUUCUUGUAGCAGAGGACAACCUUGUAAAUCAAGAGGUUGUACUUCGGAUGUUGAAACUUGAGGACAUUUAUGAUGUAGUCGUCGCGAAAGAUGGCCAAGAAGCAUAUGAGAUGGUAAAGGAGAGCAUGGCUACUGGCCAGCAUUUCAGUCUCAUCUUCAUGGAUGUCCAAAUGCCCAACCUCUCAGGUAUAGAGAGCACGCGGUUGAUACGCCAAAUGGGAUACUCCGCCCCAAUUGUAGCCUUGACUGCCUUCUCUGAAGAAAGUAACGUGAAGGAAUGCUACGAUAGCGGAAUGAACAUGUUCUUAAGGUGA